AUGCGCAAGCCUUUCUCAGCAGCCGUGGAUAUGUUCCGAUUACUAGAGGAAAAAACAGCUGUGUUGAUUGAGGAAGUCUUACAACUUAAUGAUCAGGAGAUAUUAGCUGGCCGAACCUGUCCAGCCUGCUUUGGACCCCAACCAUCCAAUUCGGCCGAUUACCCAGAAUCUACUCGUGAUCGACUGAUUGUCUGUCUGGACGGAAAUUUCCAGCACAGACAUAACUCACAAGCAAGCCGAGAUUACGAAGCCCUCCGAUCACCACACAUAUUCCUACCUGAAGGGGCAAGCGACAAGAUGACACGUGAAAUCCAAAACAUGGAGCUUGUGAACCAACCACCCAAUCGAGCCGAUCGAUGUGCAGAUGCUCAUAAGGCAGCUGAUGACAAGAGAAAUGAAUCAACCUGGAAGGGGUGUGAUGACACUGGCAUCAUGGGAUGCUGCUGCCGCCAUGAUGCUGCAAUCUCUAUGUGCAACAUAUACAAGUCAGGUGAGCAGAGGUCCCUACCUUUGGCACUACUCAAGCAACUGCUUGGAAAUGUGGAGGUUGGCCGGCCGGUUGGGGUUUUGUAUGAUAUUGGUUGCUCCCUCCACAAGUAUAUCGGAGCGAUUACAACCCAAGGUUCAACACGGGGUGGGGAUUGUCAGAUGGAGAAGGUCUCGAGCGAUUAUGGUCACAUUUGUCACCUCUUCCUCAUGGCUUUCAAAGAAAUUCAAAAAUGCACUCAAACGGCGCUGCGAGACUCGGGAUGA